UAGAACUAGUUUUGACCCGGAAGUGAUUACGAGAAAAAAUAUUUUCAAUGACGAUAGAACAUGUGUUUAUGAACAUUUCAACCGUCUUUUUGCGUAAAUCGUUUACAGAGAAAUGGCUUCUCCGAACCAUAGCCCGGGUGUGGAAGGGGCGGUCAGGGUAACAGCUUCGCCAGCUGGUAAAAUACAGACGUUGGUUUUGGCUUCUAGCCUGGCCGGGCUCCGCGGUAAGAAGAGACCUGCUAACACCGCCACCUCUCCUGCUGUACUCGCCAGUGGGAACAACAGCAAGAAGAAGAAAUGUCAGCCCAUCGCAAACCCAACACAAGCACAGGUGACUGCAGUGGAGGCGGUGUCUGAGGGGAAGGCAGUGGGCGUGUCUGACGCUGUAGGUCCAGCCACAACGGAACCAGCAGCCAAACCCCUGCCCUUCAAAGACCCAAUAUUUGUGCAUUCAGGGAUAGGGGGAGCUGCAGCAGGAAAAAAGAACCGGACCUGGAAAAACCUGAAACAGAUUCUGGCAGUGGAACGGACUCUACCCUGGAAGAUCAAUGACCCCAAUUACUACAGCAUCGAUGCCCCUCCCUCCCUGAAGCCAGCCAAGAAAUACUCAGACAUCUCUGGACUCCCCGCGAACUACACUGACCCCCAGACCAAGCUGAGGUUCACGUCAUCUGAGGAGUUCUCCUUCCUGCGCCUGCUCCCCACUGACGCCGUCACCGGUUACCUGGCGCUCCGCAAGGCCACCUGCAUUGUUCCCUGACCGCAAGGCCUGCUGGGAGAUGGGAGUUCAGCGUGUGUCUGUCAUGGCCUGGGAGGGACAUUGACCAUUAUGGGGAACAAUGUCUAGGAGGUGUCUGAGACUCUCAGGGAGAGGGACCAACAGGGACUGUUACAGAGAGAGGGAUCCAAUGGAUACCUUUGGCCCCCUUUCGACAACAAGGGAAGCACCUCUAGUGUUGAGACUAUCACCCCCAAUCUGGCUGAUGUCAUGAUGGGGAUGUCUACACAGACAUUGUGAGCUAGCUACUGUCUACAGACCUUUUGAGCUAGCUACUGUCUACAGACC